UAUUGAUGAACAAAACCCUAAACGACACCAAAAUGGCAUCAGAUGAAAGUAUGACGGUUGUUUCAUCUAUGCAAGACGAUGAGUACGAUGAUCUUGAUGUUGGGUUUCAUCCACAUAACUGGUCCAGGCUUUCCAUGUGUACUAGUUCCGUGUACACUAACGAUGGUGAUGAUUAUGAUGAUGAUCGUAUGGGGAUGUCUAUGUACAUGUCGAGACUGUCGAUCGAAAGCUUCGAUGCGGAUGUGGACGAUGAGUUCUCCGGGAAGAAGUUUCUCGAGCUGUCGUCAGACUCCGACCAAGAGCCUAGCUGUAACUCGCUUCCCGCAACGCCGCCUCGUCGGAGGACCGGGACGUUGACGGUGGUCAAAGAUUACGCCAGCGACAACGAAGCUCAGAAGGGGAGUAUCGGGAGGCCGAGAGGGAUGAGCAGCCGGAGCAAGAGUUCGAGGAAGAGGAGGGUUAUAAGGGAGAGAUGGGCGGAGGUGAGCGGCGGCGCUAAAAGCGAGAGCAAGAAGAAAGACGGGGACCUAACGGCGGGGUACAACAAUUACAGUGGGAGUUUCAGUGGGGAAAGUGAAGGCGGUGGUGUCAUGGUGAUUACGCGAGCGAAAGGUGGGAACAGGUCGUUGUGUAUGGACUUGGGGGAAGUGAAAGCGUGUCGGGAUCUCGGGUUCGAGCUGGAACACGAGCGUAUGUUCGAGAUGCCCGGUCGUGUUUCGUUGUCGGCUUCCAACUUCGAUAAUACAAGUAGUGGUGGCAAUUCCCCCAUUGCUAACUGGCGUAUCUCUAGCCCUGGUGAUGACCCUAGAGAUGUCAAGGCUCGGCUGAAAGUGUGGGCACAAGCAGUGGCACUUGCAUCCACGGCCAAGCACUGAGCCUACUCUCAAAUAUCAUCUAU